AUGGAUGCAGCGGCGGUUCAAGUUAACAUCCAAUCAAUACAAAAAGCGUUCUUGGUGCUGACUGCUCUCCAACUCACUGCAUACCUGUUCCCAAAGACAUCUAUAGUUGAGGAUGGUCAUGAGUACGAUUACAUCGUGGUGGGGGCCGGAUCUGCUGGAUGCGUGAUCGCAAACAGACUGUCUGAAGGCGGAAAACACAGCGUGCUCCUUAUUGAGGCUGGCGAUGACCCUCCUAUAGAAGUUAUGCUUCCAGGUGCAAUCGCUUACUUACCAAAAUCCCAUAUUGAUUGGAACUACACAUCAGAAGACGAUAACUACACCACACAAUAUAAGAAAAUCCACGCCAUUGAGUUAUCUCGCGGCAAAAUGUUGGGCGGCUCUAGUGGAAUGAACUACAUGGCGUAUGUUAGAGGAUCGCCACACGAUUUUGAAACUUGGGCCGAAAUGGUUAAGGAUGAUAUUUGGGCUUACAAAAAUGUGCUCCCAUAUUUUAAAAGAAGUGAAAAAUUGGAAGAUACCUCUGUAAGAAGUUCGCGAUAUGGCGCUUACCACGGUUAUAAAGGCUAUUUAGGAGUACAAAGACAAUACCACAAAGACGUCGAUCAAUACAUGCAAUCUUUUAAAGAAUCUGGUAACAAAAUCGUUUUGGAUACAAGCACCGGUGAUUUAGGUUAUACGCAACCUUUGUUUACUAUUUCAGGGGGUAUCCGGCAAAGUACAAGCUAUGCUUUCUUAACCCCAAUCAAGGAUAGAAACAAUCUAUAUGUUUGGAAAAACACCCUAGCCACCAAAAUUAUUUUUGAUGAUACCAAAACUGCUGUAGCUUUAGAAGUAUCAACUAAUGAAGACAAAAAAAAUAUUGUUCAAGCAAAACGAGAAAUAAUCCUAUCAGCAGGUGCUAUCAAUUCUCCACAAUUACUUAUGUUGUCUGGAAUCGGUCCGAAAAAACAUUUACAACAAGCUGGUAUUCCAGUCAUUUCAGAUUUGCCAGUAGGAAAGAAUUUCCACGACCACCCAGGAGCAUUAGUUGCAUUUAAAAUGGGUAAAUUGCCUUCUUCACAGCCACCUUUGAAUCCACACGAGUUUCCAGUGCCAUUAAUUGUUGGUUAUAUAGCAAAGAAAAAAUCUCAAAGUUACCCAGAUUACCAGACCCUUAAUCUUGUAGUCAGAGAUCCAAACGGUCUUUUAGGGUUCUGCUCAUUCAACUUUGGAUUUACCAAUGAAUUAUGUCAAUCCUUAUAUGAAAUGACGAAGGGGCACGAGGUUUUGUUUGGCGUCCUUAACUUGAUGCACCCAAAAUCAAGAGGCGAGAUUUUAUUGAAGAGUCGGGAUCCUAAAGAUCACCCUCUCAUUUUCCCGGGCUAUUUCACUGAUGCUGAAGAUUUGGAGAAAAUAGCCGCAUACAUUGAAGACUUUAUUCGUGUACUCAAUUCUACCUAUUUCAAACAGGUGAAUGCGGAAGUAGUUCAAUUUGAUUUACCGACAUGUGCUGACCUUAAGUGGGGUUCUAGAGAAUACUGGAAGUGUUAUUCCCGGUCAAUAUUUCUAUCUAUAUACCAUUAUGUCGGUACCUGUGCUAUGGGAGCAGUGGUGGACUCAAGACUGCGGGUAUACGGAGUGAAAAGGUUGCGGGUCGCUGACGGAAGUGUAAUCCCGUACAUAACAAGUGGAAAUACAAAUGCCCCAAUCAUAAUGAUAGGAGAAAAGGUAUCGCAAAUGAUCAAAGAAGAUAACCGAAAAUAGCGAAAAAUUAAUAUUAUUAUACUAUAUACAAUGACAUUAUUUAUUUCCAAGAACAAUUUGUCAAGCAAAUAUUUAUUUAUUGCUAAAAAGAAUUAUAAAAGAAACAAUUUUUUAUUCCACAAAAUCAAUCAACAUAAGUUCCUGCUUCAUCCCGAUAAAAAAGUGGUUUACUAUCUAUAUUUAAUUAAAGAAAAUUUCACUAGAAAAAAAAAUCACUCUGUCUAGGUUUCAGACGGGAUUCGAACCCGCAUCUUCCGCUAUCCGGGCGGGCUUACCGAUUAUGCUAUCGAGACCUUAAUGGCCGUGUCGAAUUUCCUCUUGUAUUUCUUAGGCUGCAAGGCAGCGCCAUCUCUUCACAUUGUAGGUAACCCACAAUGUCUAACCAAAGAUCUUUACAAGACGUAUCAAACAUUUGAAGGAGGAUAUAGCAAUUGCAGUUUUUUUGUAUUUAUUAAGAAACCAACUGUUUUACAAAGUAUUUACGCAUAUCCACAUAGGUCUAAAGUAUAAUCUGAAAGUAAAGCCAAUUACAGGUUUUCUACACGUUCGUGUCGAAUUAAAGCGGAGGCUAUAUUUGAUGUAGUUAUGGGCCAAGUGAUAAUUGCGGUCAGUAUGAAUAAUGCCCAGCCAUAUCGGGCCAACCGAUUAAUUACAUUCUAAACUCACCUAUUUAUCAUAUUGCUCGGCCAUUAUUAAUAAUGCCGGACGGCUUGUGGUCCAUGUAACAAGUUAGUGUUUGAGAUAACUUAAAUUUAUCGCUUGGACCGGGCAAUAUGAAUAAAUUCAAAACGUUGCUACUUUUGUUAAAAUGACAGAUGUCUCGCCAUUUUGUGUUUGUUUUGAGAUCUUGGUAAAAAAAAAUAGUAGGUAUGGGCUCCACACUUAGAAAAAAAGGUAUAUGUGACUUUACAACAGUCAUUAAUUCAGAACCGACUUGGGCAACCCCAACAUGCCGUGGUCUUGGUCUGCCAUACCUCUAGAG